CGCUUGUAGUCGUGCACGAGCGCUGGGGGGUAGAACGCUGGGGCAGAUGCUGGAAGUGGUGCAGAGUUUCUCCUCAAGCGUUUGUGCUGCUCGUAGCAGAAGGUGUCGAGAAGAUACCCGGCGAGGAGGGGAAGAAGGGGAACUCUAGGAGUGUGAAGACCCCCACAUGGACCACCAGGGGCAAGAGAACCUUCAUCAGGGCAGGAUUCAGUGCAGAGCCAGUGGCACCUUAUGCUCAGGGGGUCGAAGACUUAUGAGUAUGAGGAGGUUCUCGUGAGACAUGAUGGCAACGAGGGCAUAACCGGAGCUUCUGUUGGUUUCACAGACUUUGGAUGAAGGUUGUUUUUCUCUGAGGCUGGACAGAGCGCAGUCCGGACCUGUGGCCAGUUUCCCGAACAGCCUUUCUAAACCUCAAUAGGUGUUUCUUCUUCUUUUCGCUCGUUCUUUGGAAAGCUAUGCGGACUCGGGGGACACUUUUGCACUGGACUGCCUUCCUGACCCUUGUUCUCCUGUCAGUCCAGGCUUUCCCCGCCCUCACGCCUAAAGCUGGGGAGGCCAAGCCCGGGAGCAGCGCCGCCCUGCGGACUGGAGGCCAGGCUGGUUCUGUCGAUGUCAAGCGGACGCUGGCGGAGCUCCAGCAGCAGAACCAGCUAAAGAGUCGCUCACCUUCACGUCGCCACAGGCGGAGAUGGUCACAGCUCCGCUCAGAGGGAGUCCUGCCCAAACCUGCGCCUGAGGAAGAGGAGCCAUUCAUUUUAGACCUGAAGAACUUUCCUGACCUCGCCAAUGCUGACCUGGGCUCCCAAAAUCCAAACAUUCAGGUCACCAUUGAAGUCGUAGAUGACCCCCAGAUGGAGGUUGAGAUGGACCUGGCUAAAGAGGGCAGGAAUGACUGGUCUUUGAGCUCUGAGCAAUGGUUGGACCACAAAAAGCUCUUCUGGCCGCUCUUCUGGGAGUACCAUGACUCCAGUGAGGAAAGCCCAGGCCAGGCCAGUCUAGAGGAGAACGGGGAGGACCUCAACUAUGACGGAGAAGAUCCUCUUCUCAGUGGAGUUGGAGUGGACUGGGGCAGGCGCUGGAAAGGCUGGGACUCAUUAGAGAAUUACGAAUAUGAAGAGGAGGAAUGGAGUGACUGGUCUCCAUGCAGCGUCUCCUGUGGUCAUGGCAACCAGAAGAGAAUCCGCUCAUGUGGCUACGCCUGCACUGCUACGGAGUCGCGCACAUGUGAACAACAGAGGUGUCCAGAUGACCUGAAUGCAGUAACAGAGCUCAUCCCACAUGAGAUGAAUGACACCGAUGCUUUUGAUACAGAUAUGGACAGCUGUGAGAAGUGGCUGAACUGUAAGAAUGACUUCCUACAGAAAUACCUCCACCAGGUCCUGACCGAAUUACCCAGCUGCCCUUGCGUCUACCCCUCUGAGGUGGUGUACAGCGCUGUCAACAUUUUAGACGAGAAACUUCGCAAGACCUAUCGGUGGCGCGACGCCAGCGGCCCCAAAGAGCGCCUGGACAUCUACAAGCCGUCGGCCAAGUUCUGCGUGCGUUCCAUGCUGUCCUUCGACAGCACCACGCUGGCCGCUCAGCACUGUUGCUAUGAUGACCACAUGAAGCUCAUCACGCGGGGCAAAGGGGCCGGAGCGCCCAACCUCAUCAGCACAGAGUUCUCUCCGGAGCUGCACUAUAAGGUGGACGUUUUGCCUUGGAUUCUGUGCAAGGGGGACUGGAGCCGCUUCCAUUCUGUCCGACCUCCUAACAACGGACUGCAGUGCACGGAAAACCCUCAGGAGGACGUCUAUAUGAAUGAGCUGGAGGAGGCCAGAGAGUAUUGAAAGCCACACUAAGCUGCAGCAUCUCUAAUGGAAGCAAAGGGUGGGAUUGAUCUUGGAGUGUUUUACAGUUUGUUAGCGCAAAUUAUUAUGGAAAUAAGGCUGUCUACUUUGACUGUGCUGGUAGCAGCUGCAUAUGGAGCAAUAGAAACACUAUAGUUGUGGAAAUACAGUAUUUGCUGCAGCAAAGGUGUCUACUCACAGACCGGGCCACUUUUAUAGAGGUCAAAUCCGGCCACAACGGAUUAUGGAGCUAUAGGAAUAAUGGAGCGACGGAAAUUCAGUAUUUGAUGGAACUUCAUUGCAUGCAAAGUCAAAGAGGUGAGAGGACCCCUGUGCUGGUUAUGUACAGCCAAACUGAAAUAACAUGAGUGGAAUUAGCGCAAAGUCUAAAAGAAACAAAGCUACAUGAUCUCAGACUGUCCCACUUUUUGUAAAGGUAAAGCUGUCUAUAAGUGAAUAUGGAUUUAUGGAGAUGAACUCACACCUGGAUGCCUGAUCAGAGAACCCAUACACUGUUUAUAUACAGCUAUACUAAAUAACCUCGGAUUAAGUUGCUCCAGCACACUGACAGGGAAGAAAAUGAUGUAACGACUGUCUGCAGACUCUUCUCUAUACGGCCUGGUUCAGAAUCAUGCUAAAAGGCUCAGUGGGGGUUCAAACACGCAUCCUCUGGAACAAGUUCACUGCAUUUAUUGGAUUCGUAUGGCUCUUUUUUUCUCUACUGUGUGCUCAAAGACUCAGAUGUGUCAUGAAAGGAAUUCCACUCAAGCUGCUAAACUUGCGAUGAAUCCAAGCAGAAUGCUCGUUUGUUGUCUUAGACUCGGAGCUCGGUCCUGGCCCCCCUCCAGCCCGGGCGAGAUCAAUCCAAACAAAUCAAACACGAGCCCCAGUGCCGCGUGCACAUCAGCUUCAACAUAUUUCAUGGAAUAGUUCCACUCUUUGGAGCCUGUAUAUUGUUACCCCAGAUGAAUUCGCAUGUGGUGUCAUAGGCUGAGAUAUUUAGACAAAGCGAUCCGAUCUUUGAUACGCUUUUAGAGGAGAUGACACUGGAACAUAAUUAGGUUAUCAGACAAGGGACAAAGGAACACUUCCUUCAGAAGGUCAGGAAUUUUCGUUCAGCAGUGUAAACCAAUGGGCUGCAGCAUUGCUUCACUCAGUCUUAAAGGAGCACUCCAGUGUUUUUCCACCUAAUGUCUAUCUGCUGCGUCUGUAGCGUACGGCUGGUUAAAUGUCUCCCUGUACUUAGAAAAGAACACAAGCCCUGUUGAGGUGAAAGAUAUUUAUAAUAGAAGUCAAUAGGCAGUUGCUGAGUAAGUGUUUGUGAGAAAUAUGCACUUUGGUGGAACUCUUUCAUCAACAGCAUUUUACACAUUAAAACCACUCUUACAAACAAUAUUUAAUGCAUCGUUCAGUUGUUUGUCUAAUGGAACAGAUAGAACAGUCAUAUGCAAAAGUUUAAAUCCAUAUGUUCAAAAGUUUAAACAUGUUUUGUUGAUUUUCUAAGUGAAAAUAAGUUAUCACAUCAUCCACAGGGAACAAACGUAAAUAUAAUACUUUUUGUAAAUUUUUGUGCACAAUUUUUAUUUAUUCG